AAAACAUAGAUCUUAUAGCUGAUUUUUCUUGUGCGAACACUUACAACCAUGACAAGUAUCGGAACUACAUUAAGCUUCGUUUGGCUAACCAUGGCCAUAUGUAGUUUAGCUCAGCCAGCCGAUGACCAGAGCCCUCCAGUGCUCGACACCAGCGGUCAGCCUCUUGAAACCGGUGUUGAAUACUACAUACUUCCUGGUAUAACUGAUAUUGCAGGUGGUUUAACCUUAGUCAACCGGAACGGAAUUAGGUGCCCUUUUUACGUUGGCCAGGAACCCCUGGCAAGCGCUGAACCAAAUGGCACUUCAGUCAUCUUCACUCCAUACACUUCUGGAGAGACCAUCAUCAGGGAAUCCAUGGACUUGAGUGUGCAAUUCCAAGCAUUAACUAUUUGUAUCCAGUCUACUGCCUGGAGGGUAGGGGAGGAGGAUCCAGAAACAGGAAGGCGAUUUAUCGUGACAGCAGGAGACAAAUCAUACUUCAGGAUUGACAAUAAUGGAGGCGUCUACAAUUUCUCAUGGUGUCCUACUGAAUCCUGUCCAACUUGUGAUAGGCCAAGGUGUGGAUCUGCUGGCAUUUUGAUAGAGGAUGACAAAAGAUUGCUAGCCUUGGAUGGUCCUGCAUUUCCUUUUGUAUUUACCAGGGCCUAAAUGUUAAUGUCAUCCAUAGGCAUUCCAUAUAAUUAUAUAAUGGAAUAAUGUCACAGAAGGGUGUUGUUUUUCAGCAAUAAAUUAAUAAUAACGGAUGCCUUGAAAACAUUA